GACGUCACGGCCACGCCGCCGCCUGGUUGGUCCCCGCGCCGGCCGUCCCGUGGGGGGGCAGCGCGGCCGCCGCCGGAGAUCACAGCGCAGACCGGCUCCUGGCACCACUGAGCCAAACUGGAUUUCCACCGGUGACCUGGGAGCAGUGAGUCCCGUGCGGGCGCGUGCCCUCGGCCAGCAUGACCAGCGAGGUGGUGGAGAACGAGUUUGAGUUUUACUCCAAGGCGGAGAAGUACUGGAAGGACGUGCCCGCCACGGUGGAUGGCAUGCUGGGGGGCUAUGGCCACAUCUCCAGCAUCGACAUCAACAGCUCCAGGAAGUUCCUGCAGAGGUUUCUGCGGGACGGCCCCAACCGGACGGGCACAACGCGCGCUCUGGACUGCGGGGCCGGCAUUGGCCGGAUCACCAAGCGCCUGCUGCUGCCCCUCUUCAAGACAGUGGACAUGGUGGAUGUGACAGAGGACUUCCUCACCAAAGCCAAGAGCUACCUGGGCGAGGAGGGCAGGCGGGUGCGCAACUACUUCUGCUGCGGCCUCCAGGAUUUCAGCCCUGAGCCGAACUCCUAUGAUGUCAUCUGGAUCCAGUGGGUCAUCGGACAUCUCACUGACAACCACCUCUCCGACUUCCUGAAGCGCUGCCGUGCUGGCCUGCGGCCCAACGGCAUCGUGGUCAUCAAGGACAACAUGGCUCAGGAGGGGGUGAUCAUGGACGAUGUGGACAGCAGCGUCUGCCGGGACCUGGACGUGGUCCAUAAGAUCAUCCGCAGAGCUGGGCUGCACCUCCUGGCCGAGGAGCGCCAGGAGAACUUCCCUGAUGAGAUCUAUCACGUCUACACCUUUGCCAUGAGAUGAGGGCAGCGGGAGAAGGUCUCUCCCGUGUCGUGACUCCCCUUCCAGGGGCUGGUGACAAGGACGGGACUUUGUCUUCCAAGUUGCUGCUGUUUGUGAAAAGAGGUGUUUGCCAAAUACAUUUUCCUGCUGUUGCA